CUGAGCUACAGCUCCUGCCUCUCUAGUCUAUCUCUACACUUCCAUCUGAGCUGAGCGUGAAGAGUGAUCAAAUUUAAGCAGUAUUCUCUAAAGACAGGAUGGGGAGCUCCAGCUGCUUGUCAGUGGGUGCCGCUGUGAUCCUGCUUCUGGUACUGGCUUCGGCAAUGGAGGCCCAAGCCAUCCGACUCGACGCGGAGACCCGGGCGUCAGUGAGCAGCAGCGGCAACCAAAUGACUGCCGAUAAACCAACUGGGAAUAAUGUCGUCGAUGUGGUCAAGGCUUCUGCUAGCUCGACAAGCGAGUCGAAGAGGAGCGUCGAUGUUGCCACGGGUGAAGUUAGGGCGGUGGCGCAUAAGAUGCCGGAGUUCCAUGAGGACUACUACGGCCCGAGUGAUCACAGCCCUAGGCACCACUGAUGGAGCAAAUUCUUCUCUAUUUGCUUUGUUUGUGUUUCCUCUCUCGAUCGAUGAUCUCUUGUAGAACAGAGUAUUUAUAGCUAGG